AUGUUAGAAGGCUUUGUUCAACAAAAUUUACGGCAGCUUGGCAUUGACCCUAAAAACCUAUAUUUCCAGCAGGAUGGAGCAGCCGCCCAGACUGCGCAAAAUAGUAUGGCUCGAGUUCGUAAAAUGUUCGGAACUGUUAUCUCUCGUUUCGGCGAAAUCGCUUGGCCAACUCGGUCGCCCGACCUCAGUGUAUCAGACUUUUUCCCGUGGGGGUUCCUGAAAGACCGUGUGUUCCAGAGGCAUAUCAUCAUUUUUCAAGAACUCAAGCAAGCCACUGGUCACGAUGUUGCAGCCAUUGAUGAGGACCUACGGAGGCGCGUGUACGACAACUUCAAGAAACGCAGCAAAUUGGGCCUUGACCUGUACAUGGACUUCGAUGGUGAUAUUUGCCCAGUGUGGACACUUGAUGCAUUGAGCGAAAUCCCCGAAGAAGGAACGUGGAAUGAAGCUGUUGUGGAAAUCGGGCGCUACCCGUCAGACGUCAGCUUCUUUUUCGCCAGCAGUCAGCAUUCGCAAUCACCUGUGUUCGCCGUGGACCACAUAACGUUCAGCGACUGCGCAUUGCCAGCUAAAGGAGGCAACUGCUCUGAUAUGGAUUUCUCCUGUACGAAUGGAGCCUGUGUAAUGAAAUACGAGCGGUGCAACUACGUCGACGACUGUGGUGACAGCAGCGAUGAACAAGACUGCGUACUGCCAGCAUCACCUGUACGAACCGUGCCUCCUUUCGUCUGUGGCGAAAAGGAGUUCCAAUGUGGUGGUCUCAGUGAAUGCAUCCAGAACUCUAAGCUGUGCGAUUUCAAGACGGACUGCUCUAACGGAGCUGAUGAAUCUCGAUGCGGGUUCUGCGAUUUCACCACGGACUUGUGUGGACUUGAGAAUAAGGACUCGAGCGCGCGACACGGCUGGAACUGGACGACGGUGCAAGACGGCAAGAAGAAUAAGGGCUUCCCCACCACGGACAGCCGGUUAAGCGAUCAAGGAGCCUACGCUUCGUAUUCACUCCUCAAUCGAGAAGCACCCGAGGGCACCAUGACGGCUUUGGUCACACCGAAGAUGGGUCAAAUUGCGCACUUCCUGCGUCAUAAGUUUUUAUGCCUACGUUCCCCCAAAAGGAGUGCUCAACUGACUUUCGGACUUCAACAUAUUCCGGUCAACCGCACCAGACGACAUGCUUUCAGAGCACUCGCAAUCGUUACCGCAGCGGAAGCCUCCGGGAAAUGGGUCAAGCUUUCAGUAAAAACUGGAAACUGGAACGCUGGAGCUCAGUUCGUGUACUUGGCAAACACUGUUGGCGUGAGCAUAGACCGGCCUGAGUACAACAUGUGUCACCCGGAUGCGCAGAAUGAAGGAUGGGAAGCGGCCCGUCGAGUAACUUGCGACUUCUCCGACUACACGGAAUGCGGCUGGUUCCCGGAGAAUCUGGAGGAUGAUACGAAGUGGCUUCUUCAUACUGGAGCUUUUCGGUUUCCUGGGCUCCCAUGGCAGCCCGUCGACAGUGCCUCCCACAAAGGAGCCUACAUGUAUGCCAUCAACACCGCACCGAGGAUAAGGAUUGCCCGCGUCGUUUCCAUCCGCAUGAGUCCAACUCCAGACACUGGCCGUUGCUUCACGUUUUGGUACAACAUGUGGCACCCGAACGUCGGCACGCUCAAACUCUUGCAGCGCGUGGAUAACUCGUCCACUGAUCCGCUGUGGAUGCGUCAAGGACCGCAGGGCAAGGAGUGGAAGCAAGGUCGGGUACAGCUGUACUCUGAAGAUCCUCAUCAGCUUGUAUUUGAAGCUGUGCUGAACGCCAGCACUCUCGGUGUGAUCGCCAUAGACAAUUUCGCCCUCAACGACAGCCGCUGUGACUACGAAAAACAUGGAGUAUGCGACUUUGAGUCCGACGCGUGCGGAUGGCAGUUGCACAACUGGGAACGUACGACGUCGAAAAUCGUCAGACUACCCACUGCUGAUUACACCACUCGGUCACCUUCAGGAAACUUCGCUUUGGCAAAGGCACCAGGUGGGCGCAUGGUUAGCCCUGAAGGAUGGUACGACGCGACUCAGCGCAAGUGUCUGCAGUUCUGGUUCUUCAUAUCGGGAACUUCAGCGGAAACGCUUAACGUCACCAGAGUGCUGGAUGAAAAUCAGCAGGAGUCUCUUUGGUUCGGUACCACAUUUGACGCCCCAAUGAAGCAGUGGUUCUCUGCCUCUGUCAACCUACCUGCUUUCAAUGAAGCACCCACGAUUGUUUACGACGGAUCGACCUCUGGUAGCCUGGACAGCGCAGUAGCCGUGGACGAUAUCAGCCUGGGUAAUCUGCCUUGUCCUUCUCCUGGAAGCUGCUCCUUCGAAGAGGACAUGUGUAAUUGGUUCAAUGCCGGGAACCUUAAUAACGCACGAUGGUACCGUCAUCGAGGUGCUACCGUUUCCAAUUUGACUGGCAUAGAAAGGGAUCACACACUCGGGACGAAAGAUGGAUACUACCUCCUCCUCGAUGCAGAAGAUAUGGCUGCAACAUCACUUGGCAGUGUGCAGAGUCAGGCUCUCGCCUUAGGCCCUGCUGUGUGUUUAACACUGUACUAUAAUAUAAAGCAGAACUCGGGAGCGUCGUUGAGUGUUGGAUUUCUCGACGAGCGCCGUCACUUGGAUGGGCAACCAACGAUGGUGCAAGCCACUGCGCCAAGCCAGUGGACUUUGUUCUCCGUAGAACGUGCUGAUCUUCCUCCCCUGUUCACGGUUGUGAUUACCGGCCGCACUUCAGAUGGUCGCAGUGACAUCGCCAUUGAUGACAUCGACGUGCGUCGUGGCAAGUGCGAAGGGGCGCAGCUUACUUCAAAAGCUCCAGUACCUGCAACCGCAGCCUCCGAUAAUCCUGCCACGGCACCAGUUACAGAGCAGAUGUCGUCACAACAAACAGUCACAACAGUAUCACCUCCUGCUCCCACAAGCGAAGUUACUCGGGGACCAUCGACGAGUCAAGCUCCGGCCACACCACAGCUUCCAGCUACUGUGGAGUGCAACCGCGGGCAGUUCAACUGCCAUGACGGAAAGACUUGCAUCUCCGGGUCACUGCUCUGUGAUGGCGUUAAAGACUGUCCGAACGAACUGGACGAGAAGUGCGGAAGCAGUGCGCAAUGCAAAGAAAAUGAAUUUUUCUGCGUCACUCGUUCACCUAGCAGUUGCCUUGCACGUUCUCUACUCUGCGAUGGUCAAGAAGACUGCGUCGGAGGCUCCGAUGAAUCUUUGUGCGGAGCGUGCCCGCCAUCUUUCUGCCUCAAUGGUGGCACAUGCCGAUGGACACCGUUAGCACAAAGCCCCACUUGCGACUGCCGUCAUGGGUACGAGGGCCCUCGCUGUCAGUUAACAGCCAGCAGCGUUGCAAAGGAGAGCAAGGUGACAGAAAAAGCAACGGGAUCCGCUGGCGCCAUUGCUACUGGCGUCAUAGUUGCCAUAUCUAUCAUUGGGAUAGUCAUAGCAGUCAUAGUCGUCCGGAUGAGAAGGCGACGCGUCACCACGAACACCCCAGUCUUCGACAAUCCAUCAUACGAUGCUUCGACUGACGAAACAAAACUUUUCAGUGGACAAGCCACAUGACUUCUCCAACGUCUGGUCCAACGGGACGCAGUCAACUUGUACGCUGUAUAAACGCGAAUAGCGGAUAUUGAUCUGCCUUAUUUAUAGUCGGCUUUAUUAAAUUUGUACGUGCUUGCAAAAAAA